GGAUGUCGAGACCCAGGUAAUAGUGAUAGCGAGCGUGUUCGGUGGUGCCUGCGUGGUGCUGUUCAUCAUGGCUAUAGUGCUCUGCGCUCAAGUCAGCAGCCUCCGGAAGAAGGUCGCCGAGAUGCAAGCCACUGGACGCAUGAGGAUACAGAAGCUGAAGAUGGACAGCGACAAGAACCACGCGUUCCACAACCCUGCGCUGUCGCCUGAUGAGGAGCUGUCCCGGCGCGGCUACUCCAUGUACACCAGCCAGGACGAUGUGGAGAGUGGCCGACAUGAGCGGCAGACGGGUGGGCAGUUCGUAGACAGACAAACGCCCAGCAGCAUGUACGAUGACAGAGUCAGUUCAGCACAAACCAAUUUCGUGGAUGAACUGACACGAGAGCUGGACAGCAGGCAGCAGAGGCCCAAUAAUCCACCGCCAUUCCUGCUGCAGAGCAUCGAGGAAACUAAAAAGAAGACCAGAAACCUUGCCAAUCCAGUAGCCAACGGCAGGCAGAGUGAAACUAACCCUAACUUCAUGUACUAA